GGCGUGCCACGUGUUAGCUACUGAUCCUGCAUGGGAAAGACACAGUGAACUUACACAGCAGCCUACCAGGAACAAUAGCCAGGUUGUUGUCUAUUAAGAGCAUAGACACUAACAUCUGAUGUUUGUGGUUUGACUUUGUUUUCAUGUUUGGAUUUUACCCAUGAGAAGUUAUGCGUCAUGAAAAUGAGGACAAAGUUAUGAAAGCUCCCAGUGUUUGUUCUGGUGGAUCUUCAUGCUGGCACAUGUGUGCCCCCUGUAUCAGAAUGGAGAAGCCAGGUUUGCGUGUCCGACACCUACACUGGUCUCAGAUACUGUUGGUCUUCUUACUGGCAGGUCGAAUUUCCUGUGAUCUGACCACUGAUGUUCCUUCUUCCCUUCUUCCUCUUCCUACAACAACUGCACAGACGUCAGUAUAUUAUUUUCUCGACGUCACUGUGGAUGUCACUGGAGAAAAGAAGAAGGAAUCAGAAAUUAAGGACUGGCUUGACGCAGUGUUCCAAAACAAGCUGGUGAGCUGUGUGUCUCCAUACCAGGAAGAAACAACUACCUCUCCACAAACUACAUCUGCAAGCACUUCCCAUGAGACGUCAGCAGCAGCAACAACAUCGCAAAGCUACAGCCCAACCACAGCUACAUCAACAGAAUUAAAAAGCCAAAACCCAACUACAGCUACAACAUCAACAACAUUAAAAAGCCAAAAUCCAACUACAGCUACAACAUCAACAACAUUAAAAAGCCAAAACCCAACUACAGCUACAACAUCAACAACAUUAAAAAGCCAAAACCCAACUACAGCUACAACAUCAACAACAAUAAAAGGCCAAAGCACAGCUACAACGGAUCAGUCCACCACAGCAGCUCUGACGCAGAACAACAACCUGACAGGCUCUUUACCCGACACCAAUGCAGUCACACAAACAGCAAACGGUGGAGGAAAGGACGUACCAUCAAAGUCACCAUCACCAAAUUCCAACCAGUCCAACAAUAAUCAACGGGUAGCUCGUCAAGUUAGUGGCAGCGUGACACAAAUCAGUGAGAUCAUUAAUGGAACAACAGCUGCCCUAUAUCAAGGAAUCGAAGUUAUCUGUGACGUGAAGACUGCAAUAAAAAACACAAGGUGUGCUGUGACGCUGCAGCUGAGGCAAAAAGUACCUUCAUGCUGUAUCCUCUCAACUCUCUGCUCUGCCACAAAAACUUCCCGUGACAUCCAUGUGGUGGGAAAGAAAGCAGAUUGGGCAAAUCAGCUACAAAACGAGUGCAAUAGCAGUCCACAAAAGGAAGACAGUUGCAUUUAUACAGGUCCAGACAGUGUAUCAUGUGAUGAGUCUGCCAGUGCAUAUGUGGCAGGUCAAAGCAACUCAACUAACUGUGGUUCAGCUCCACAGAACAACUGCAGCUGCUCUGCUUACUGCAAUGGAACUGAUGCAUACUACACUUUUCAAAUGUCAGUACAAGAUCCCAAGAUGAACGUUUCAUAUAUCAUGUCCCUGAUUUCUAAGCUAAAACAAGAACCGAGUUGCUCGCCAACUGCAGACGUUUCAUGCCCGUUGUCCAUCAUUGCAUCAGAAUACAAGGAUGCCAAUGUGGCCUGUGAAAUGACAGAAACAAAUCUUCAAAGCUGCAGAGUGAUUUUAGGCUUCGCCCAGGAGGUUCCUAUCUGUACUGUGUUGGCAGCUGUGACGAAAGCGUUUCAGUCUGAGGAAGAGAUCAGUUUUGAUGGACUGGUGACUCGAGCAGCAAUAUGUGGGAACUCGGGAGUCAGCAACAAUCCACUGGCAUCCCAGUUCACGUGGUGUAAAGUUAACCUUAAGCCUGCUGUGUUUUGCAUGGCAAAUGAAGUGUUUAACAUCCUCACCUGUGAAAAUGGAAAAAAUUUGGUUGUAGAACUGGAGGAGCAGUGUGUUCAGAAGCCGCUGACGACAGUCAGCCCAAAUGUGACAACCAUGCAACCGAACACCACCACUGCGUUUGUAAAUGUAACUUCAUCCCCACUGAACACGACAGCUGAGCCCCUCAACACCACCACCGCUGCUGCUAAUGUCACGGUGGCAGCAACACUCAACACAACCACAGCAAAUGUAUCUGUGUCUGUGACCCCAACAACCACUGAAUCAGCUGAAAGCCAAGCCAGCGCACUCCUUGAGUUGACCAGAGACGUGUCCAAGCUGAACUCCAGCCAGGUGAAUCAACUGGUGUCUCAGCUGGAGAAUCUUUUGUCAGGACCGAACGUAAGCAUGGCUCUGGGAAACAUCUCCGUCCACAUUGUCAGUAAUCUGCUGGGUGCUUCUUCUGAGACGCUGGCCGAGUCCUCCAACAGGAUUAUAAAGAUUGUUGACACUGUGGGGUUGAAGCUGGUCCUUGGAAAUCAGGCUGAGACCGUCUUGUCACCUGAUGUGGCUUUGUCUGUGAAACCAGCAGAGGGCAAUAACUUUCAGGAGACAUUUUUUUCCAUCUCAGACCCCACUAACGUACAGGUCCGUGGGGAUCCCAGGCUUAGGAGGAGUGUGAGGGCAGACCCCUCCGUCCCUCAGGGCUCCAUUACACUUCCCUCUUCUCUCACAGAGGCCCUGACCUCUGAGGAGCAGCAGAUGGUCUCCAGAGUCCAGUUCAAUUUCUACCAGAAGAGCACAGUGUUCCAGGACAGAUCUAUGGGACAACGCAAACUUAACAGUGGGAUCCUGGGAGCGAGUGUGGCCAACCUGUCAAUCACAGGAUUGAAGGACGAUGUUAUAAUUAACUUGAGGAACACAGAGCCCAUUCCAGCUAAUUUUGUGGCUACAUGUGUUUUCUGGGACUUUAAAUCCAACAAUGGGUCAGGUGGUUGGAAUUCUAACGGCUGUUCGGUCCAUAACAGCACAGAGAAUGAGACAAUUUGUGGCUGCAACCAUUUAACCAGCUUUGCCAUCCUGCUGGACCUCUCCAGACAGCCUCUAACCAGUCGUCUCCAGGCCACCAUCCUUACCUUUAUCACAUAUAUUGGCUGUGGAAUCUCUGCCAUCUUCCUGUCUGUCACCCUCCUCACCUACUUGGCCUUUGGGAAGUUGCGUAAGGACAUUCCAUCAAAAAUCCUGAUCCAGCUGUGCCUGGCUCUGCUGCUGCUGAACCUGGUCUUCCUGGUGGAUUCUUGGCUGGCACUCUACCCAGAUGCUGUGGGCCUCUGCAUCUCCACUGCCUGGUUCCUUCACUACUUCCUAUUGGUUGCCUUCACCUGGAUGGGACUUGAGGCUGUUCACAUGUACCUGGCCCUCGUGAAAGUCUUCAACAGCUACGUGUCACGCUACAUGCUGAAGUUCUCGCUGGUCGGCUGGGGCGUCCCGAUGAUUGUGGUCAUUAUAGUCAUUGCGAUUGACAAGAAUAACUACGGUCUUGUCUCCUAUGGAAAGUUUACUGAUGGCACUAGUGAUGACUUCUGCUGGCUGAGAAAUGACAUUGCCUUCUAUGUGGCUGUGGUGGCCUAUUUCUGUGUCAUUUUUCUCUUCAACCUCAUUAUGUUCAUUGUGGUGUUGGUCCAGCUGUGUCGGAUAAAGAGGCAGAACCCUCACAACGUGCAGCACCGCACCACACUGCAGGAUGUGCGCAGUGUGAUGGGGAUAACCAUCCUUCUAGGCCUCACUUGGGGCUUUGCCUUUUUUGCCUGGGGGCCCCUCAACCUGCCGUUCAUGUACCUCUUUGCCAUCUUUAACUCCUUGCAAGGUUUCUUUAUAUUUGUGUUCCACUGUGCGGUGAAGGAAAACGUGAGGAGGCAGUGGAGGAUCUACCUGUGCUGUGGCAGAAUGAGACUAGCAGAGAACUCAGAAUGGAGUCGCACUGCUACACAGAAGACUGUGAAGAAGUCAUCAGUGACCAGACUAACAUCUCUUCAGUCCUCCAAGUCCAACAACUCAUCUAGCUCCUCUUCUUUUCUUGUCAGUGACUCUUCUGAGCAGAUUAAUGGCAUCAGUAGUCCAUUUGACGACAGAGCAAUCACAGCUGAUGAAGACCAGAGCAGGGACGUGAUCCUCAACGAGAUCAACAGCCAAUUCAGAAACCGGCACGUAUCCUGAUCCAAAAAAAGAAGAGAACGGACUGUUUAAUGGCUCUUAUUUUGAAAGACUUGUAUAUAAUGUAAAUUAAUAGAGAGUAAUUUAUGUAUUAUAUAACUAAAUGGACAAUGUAAAGUCUAAAUUAUACAAGGCACUUUUUACGUACUUUCCCUACAUUUACUCAUUCACUUCAUACCAACUUUAAUUCCUUUGUACAAUAAUGUUAUCAGUAUAAAUUUGUUAUUUUACAUCUACAUCUCUAAAUAAAUCAGAUCAAGUUAAUAAAAUUGACUCAGUUGCUAAAGCAGUGUUGCUUUGUGUUUGGAUAGCCUAAAUUAGGCGAGAUUGGCUACAAAUGCAAAGUAGAGCUCAAUAAAUAUGUUGAGUUAAAAAAAAACAUUCUGGAAUCUCUAAAAUAAAAUUUAAACAAAGAGUUAAA